AUGCAGACACCAGGCUGCAGCGGCCUGGGGGCUUACUACCCACAUCUGCCGCAUGUUCACUCCCAGGGCCUUUAUGGAAAUUCCUCUGAACCUGCUCAAGAGCAGCAGGACGAGCCGGGUGUACAUAUAUGCAUCCGAGACUCAGUGAGACUUUUGGGCGAGGCGGUGGCCGUGCUGGAGGGUGUGAGGCUUCUGGGAUCGCAGCUUUUGCAUUGGGGAGGAGAACUGAACCAUGUGGUGCAGUCCUUCAUCCCCGCCGCGUUGCUGCUGCAGAUGUGUAGGUGGAUAUACAGCCGAACACUAGGGGCAUCUAGGCGCCGCACCCUUAUCCGCAUGCGUAGGGCAUGGCAAGAGGCCAGUGGUGUUUUCCCUUCCGUGUCCAGCAGCAGGAGCAGCGACGACCGCUUAUUGGGUCUUUGUCCAACGCGCAGCAGCAAAAGCAGCUGGCUGUCCACUCUGCGUGAUCUUUCGGCCCUUCUUGCCUUCACCAUUGUUGUUGCUGAAAUGUACUUACACUUCUAUGUGUACAGGCGACUCCUCGGACGCCUUCGAUUCCUUACAUCCAAAACAAGAGGUCUUCCAGCACAUCCAAUUGAGGAGAGUAGUAGUGGCAGUGCAAGCGGCGAGAGCAGCAACAGCACCUAA